UUGGAUUUUAAAGACUGGGAGAAAAAAGAGACAGGGAAAAGGAAGAUAAAGUAUAAACACGACAAUAAUUGAAUCGAACAAAAAAAUAUGUGAAAAAACAAAUUUGUUUAAUUUAAUUUUGAACAGAGAAUUUAAUCAAACGCGACUACAGAGAACAACAAUAAAUUAGAGGGAAAGAGUCAGUGAAUUCAAUUCCCUCUUUCUGUAAGUCUGCCUUUCCAUCUCCUACCAAAGCCACCCUUCUCUCUCUGUCAAAAAUUAUCAAAGAAGAGAUUGGAGCUCCACCCAAUCGAACCUUACCCAUUUUGCAUUUUCUCAUUUAGUUUGUGUUUUCUAACUUUAUUGGUCUAAUGGGGUUCUCUUUUUGAGUCAAUCAAAGCCACAGGAAGAGAGAAUCCCCUGAAAUUCAACAACCAUGGAAGAAUCAAGUGAAGUGCAUUUUGGAGAGAAUAGAGUUUCUCCAGAGAAGAAUUUGAAAAGGACAGUCAAGACACCAGCCCAGGUUGUUGCUUUGGAGAACUUUUAUAAUGAGCACAAAUAUCCCACCGAGGAAAUGAAAUCAGAACUUGCAGACCAAAUAGGGUUGACAGAAAAGCAAAUAUCUAGCUGGUUUUGCCACAGAAGGCUAAAAGACAAAAGAUUGAGAGAUGAAGUAUGCACUAAUGGACGCCAAGAUCGAUCUAGCGGUAUUAUUCAGGAUCGAGGGAGUGGGUUGAGGCAAGAUUCAUGUGGCAGUACCAAACAAGGUGAUUAUAGGAAUCUUGAUCCAAGGGAAGUUGAAAGCCAGAGACUUUAUGGUCGAGAUUUUCAUCCUGCUGAUCUAACCUAUGAACGAACGACUCGCUAUACAGGGAAUGUUACUGGCAUUGAUAAUAUAUCUUCAGGAAGUAGCUCAUCGUUGCAAGAUAAGUUUGUUUGUCAAAGAGAGGAUCCUUAUGACACAGAGACCCCAAAGUACCUAGCUCAGAAUGGAGCUGCCAUGUCAUUAAUUCCUAAGGGUACUGAUAGUUUUGGGUAUAAACCAUCUGGAUAUUUGAAAGUGAAGGGUGAAAUUGAGAAUGCUGCUAUUACUGCUGUCAAGAUGCAAUUGGGCAGGCGUUAUAAGGAGGAUGGUCCACCACUAGGUGUUGAAUUCCAGCCACUUCCUCCUGGUGCUUUUGCAUCCCCAAUUAGAGAUCCAGUCAAUGGACCAAUCUAUGUGGGAGAUCUUGCUCAGAUUUGUUCUCCUGAUGUUUCUGGGGUUCGAAAGCAAUCCAGUCUUGGCGCUAGAUAUGAAGUAUAUAGCACCAAGAUGAGUUCUCAUGAUUCAUAUACAGAGGGAGCAAAUUGUAAUCCCGAGCCCUCUGAUUCUCAUGAUAGAAAAUCUCAUCAACUUCUAGAACAGAAGCCUACCUAUAAUGGUUCCAAUUCUAAUGCUGGUGGGAACUCUGCCAUGGAUAUGCCUGAUCUUGCUGGUGAAACAUCAGCCUAUGUAAACAAAAGACAUUAUAGGAUGAGCUCUAAGCAUGGUUUUGAGGGGAGAAGAUCGGAUUCUCUUUCAACCCAUCUUGGUCCCAGUGGUAGGAGAGUUAAUAGUGAAAAGACAGAAGCUUGGUUGCAUGACUGUGAUAAUGACAAUCCUAAGAUGGUUCAAAGGAAUAGUUACACAUCUAAGCAUCCACACUCGAUGCGUGGAUCUGGAAAAUCUCUUGAUACAGAGGAGAGAGCACAGUGUACGAUCAUGGAAAAGGAGGACAAACUUCAUGGAGAAAUGAAAAGAAUGAAAGGCUCUCACGACCCAGUUAGAGUGAAGAGGCAUCCAACAGAUGAAACAACUGUUGCAAAAAGAUUCAGAGUUGACUUUCCACAGCAAGAACAUGUGGCAAAAGCAUCGUUUUCUGAAAUACGUCGAAGGACAAAUCUGACUAAAUGUUUCAGCGAGGAUGAAACUCCAGAAACCAGUUUUAUCGGCAGAAUGAGGAACUUGCAAUUAAUGGAUUGAGAUGGUAUAGUGGUUCGUGAGAUCACCUCUCAAAAAGAGAGCGAUUACCGAUUCACCUGAUGAAGAUUGUACAAGGCUGUACAGUUUGAGAGAAUGUAUUUCUUUUGUUAGUGAUGCUCCUUUGCUACGUGGAAAGAAGUUUAGUUCAUCGUGGCAGCCAAUUGCUUUUGCCCUUGAUGUCGUCAAGUGUGUACUUUGUAGCUUGUACAAAUUUUGUCCUCGAUGUUAAAAUUCUUUCUGGAGAUAUUCUUGAUCUCUGAUUGUCAAUCAGAUUAGGCAGGGUCCCUUUAGCAAUGGCUGUCCAGACAAUGUCGAUGACAUCAUGCGACAGCACAGCAUGCCCGUGGUGCUUUUUGUAAAGGCAAAUGAUAGCAAGACUGCUAUAAAGCUGUUUUCUAGUUUCUAUCAAUCAUGCAUGACAUGACAUGACCUUCUUUUCCCC